GCUUUUUUUUAUAAGGAACCGUUUAUAAGGAACCUACAUGUAGAAGGUCAAAAAACUUAAGGAACUUUUACUACUAAAGGCCAAAUCCCUAAGGAACUUUUUAAUUUUGAAUAUAUUUAUAUUUCCGCACAAUUUACAAUUAGGAAGCCGGUUCCAUUGAUUUUCAGUAAAACCGGCCAUGCUCAUGGGGCCAAGAAUCAACAUGAGAAAUUUCCGUUUUAACUCACCUCACAUGCAGCUGUGCUUUGUUGUGAAUUCACACUUUAGGUGUUUUAGUUUUAGUCAAAUAGGUUAGUCACAACAAAAUAGAAUUCUUAUUCUGUGUGUGUGGCUGAGUAUUACAGUAGUUGCAAUAUGGGAGAUAAGAAAAAGCAGUCAACGUUGUUCAAGUUCGGUUUUUCUAAAAAGAUACCUCAUCGAAAUGAGUUACAAGAAGUCCCUGGUCGUUCGUUUGUUGAGGAUGAUGAUGUAAGUUUGUAUCGUUGUGACACAUGCAACAAGCAUUUCAAAAGUAAGUCUGGCCUUACGAUGCACGUGUCUUGGUGCACUUCGAAAAAAGACAGUGAGAGAGAAAAAGAACAACCAACUAAAAAAAUCGAUGAAAUUCCAUUGAUCUUGGAAAGUAGCGCCGAGGCUGUUGAGCCACAAAAAGAACCAACUGCUAUUGAUGUGGUUGAGAACAUCGAAGAAACUGUAGAGGAAUGUCAAGAGAUAGAGAAAAGUGCUAGAGCGUCAGAAGCAGGAGAAAGCAGUCAGCACCAUCGAGAGAAGAAGAACAGACUAUCUUAUGACACCGAAUUUAAGCUAAAAGUUAUCGAGGAAGCAAAGAAAAACCAAAAGAAUGACGUUGCAUUCAAAUACAACAUCUCUAAAUCGAUGGUAUCGACCUGGGUUAAAAAUGAGAAGAAAAUUACUGAUGCAGCCGCCGAUAGCCACAGGAAAAUGAUGAAAAAGAUCAGACCCAGCACAAGGCAUAAGCAAGUCUUCGUGAUGCUUCACGAAAAGUUCCUACAAGCAAGAUCAAAGGGGAUGCGAAUAUCUUUUGCAUGGCUGUACGCAAAUGCUAGGAAGAUUAACCCCGAAUUCGACCAAAGUGCCCAAUCAGAUAUUAAAGCUAUCCCGAAAUCUGCAGUCUUCAACUUUAUCAGGAAGUACAAAAUCAAGUUGAGGAGAAUUCAGCGUAAGAAAAGGGCUGAGAAAACGAGAUUCUUGCCAGGCAUGAUUGGUUGGCACACAACUUUGCGCGAAGGCUUGAUCAAGACAGGAAACGCAAAGCCUUCCUAUGACAGCAAAUGGGGGAGAUUCCGACCAUCUAAACGCUUCAACGUUGACCAAGUUCCUAUGCCGUUUGCGGUCGAUUGUAAAACAACAUACGAAAAACACUUUCCGCGCGGAGAACAAAGAAACCAUCGAACCUGGGUCAGCACACCGGGACCGGGACUUGAUAAGCGGCAGUGCACGUUACAAAUCUGCUUUGCAGCCGAAGGACCGCCAGUCAAAAUUGCAAUUAUUUUCCGUGGAACAGGGAAAAGAAUCAGCCAGGAUGAAAUACAGGCAUACCACAAAGACGUGGAUGUUUACUGGCAGACAAACGCCUGGGCAGACAUCAAUUUCAGCAUCGACUGGGUGAAGAGAACUCUGAAACCAGCUGUCCAAAAUUCUUCCGAAACAGGUGAAAAUGAAGAAUUCGUUCUUUUCUGCGACAACUUAAGUGCGCAAACUAAUGAUCUGUUUCUGAGUGAGGUCAGAAAAUUAAAUGGUGUUGUUUGGUUCGGUUUGGCCGGUGCGACAGACAUCUGGCAACCUGUAGAUUGUGGCUUUGGAAACAUGCUGAAGUCUUUGGUUCGAACCCUCCAAGACGAGUGGCUGCAAAGUGACGAAAAUAUAGAUCUUUGGCUUGGGAACAGUGUUGAAAAACUGGAUGUCAAGAAGCGAAGAUUUCUAAUUACACACUGGGUUGGUGAGGCAUACAAUAGGCUUUCCAGUGAGAGCUAUGCCUCAUCACGGUACAGAUGCUUUGAAAAGACAGGCUGCUUAAUAACGGCUGAUGGGUCGGAGGACAAGAAAAUUCAGCCUGAAGGUCUGAUUGGGUACUCAAUACCACCACCAUUGCCUGUGACUGGCCCCGAAAAUCCACUGUCUGUACAAAUACCAGAGGCCUCAGCAGCCUGUGAGGAAGAUGUAAGUGAUGAAGAAGAUGAAGGGGAUGAAGAACUUGAGCCUGACGAGCUUGAGCAUGAAAGAGUAGACCAUGUAAAAGAUCGUGUCUACGAACAUGAGUUGAUUAUUAAAAAAAUACGCGCAUUCUACGACGAAUGGCACACUGGACAAGUGAAGUGGUUCAACACCAAGCUGGGAGAGUUUAGAGUUCUUUUCGAAGACGGUACUGAAGACUACAUUGUGUCAGACGACAUCAAUGGAGUGGAUAUGCAACUUCUUUAAUGACUAUUAUUAUUAAUUUUAUAUUAUAUGAAGCUUCUUUGUGUUUUAACUUGUUAUCUUUUCUUAAGUUUAUAGCAAAACGCUGAAUUUGAUUGUUUUUCUUGCGUCUGUACUAAUUAUUGUCCACUAAAUGCCAACUUAAAAUUAAGGAACUAUUAAGGAACUUUUAGAACUACAAAGUGGUCAAAACAGGUCUCAAAAUAAGGAAUUUAAAGAACUAGGCCCGAGCUAGGUUCCUUAUAAAAAAAAAGCGUGUAGUGUAACAACAGCCGUAUUCUACAAAAUAAAAGUUUUUUACUUAGGUUUCUAGAAAAUAAAAAAUCCUGCCAAUUUAUUAAUCGCUACCUUUAUUUGAUAUGUUAGCCCGCCACACACUGGGUCCUGCGAAACAGAGGAAGGGCCUCAAACGCGUUGAAUAAUACGAUUUUAUUGCAAAUCUUUUUAUGAAAGGUUCGCAAAGGAGUUAUAAUCUAUUUUCCAAUCAGGUUGUCGAAAUGGAGCCAAAACCUAGUCAAUUAAUGUAUCGAUACUCCGCAAAAUCAUAAAAUUACGGCCUUCCAGACUGUCAUGCUGCUCAAGUGAUUUGAACAUGGUGUUUGUGACGUCACGAUUAUGCGGAAGGCUCGGGCAAACUCGUACGUGCUCGGAAAAUUGUUCGGUGGCUAACUUUGACGCUAAAUAACUCGUAAACUGUGUUGAAUAUUAAGAAACUGACAAUGUCUCAGGUAUUUAUGCUCGAUGUGCUUUCAUUUUUGGUCAAGUUCAUUUUGCGUGUCAGUUCACCUUAAAAAUAGCACAUUUUUAUCUAACCAGUUGCUAAGUAGUAUGACCAAAAAGUAAAUAGGGAUUUCCAGGUGCAUCUUGAAAAAUCAUGUCAGAAGAAGAAUGAUGCAUUUGAUUGUUUUCUUACUUUGACCAAUCAGCAACAUCUAUUCACUCACAUGGUUGGUCUAUUCUCUUGACUCUAUUCUGGUCUAUUGUGAAAACCACUAUUCUCUCUUGGUAUCUCCAGCCACAGAAUAGAGCUUUUGCCCCUCAACCAUCCGUUUUUUUACAGAGAUUCCCAACAAGCUUAAAUUACAAAUUAUAAAAGUUGCGCUUUCUCUUUCUUGGAUGUUAAUGUAUUUGGAUUUUGCCAGUGGAUAUUUUACAUGUUGCAACAUUAUACAUUAUUAACUUGUUAUCCAUUAUUAUCAUCGAUAAAGGCAAUACCAUGCAUAAAGUUUAGCAAGAUGUUGUUAUCAAGUGUGAUCUGAUGCACAGUUUGAAAGUGGAUACUUUUCAAAGGGUUAUUUAUUCUUGUUAACAUUAAUACUUUUUCCAAAUUCAUAUU